UGAGUCUUGAGAAAUUCAAGCUCAUCACAGCCCAAAGGGUUGAUUGAUCAGACUGAUGAGCUUCCAUAUCCAGAGAUACAGAUUUCUUUACACAGUCUGAUUGCAACCCCAACUGCUGGUUCAAUUCUGAAGUUCAUUCAUUUGAGCUUUGAUUAAGAUGAGCAGAGGCUCUUCCAUUUGGAAGCAGCUCCUCUUUCUCCUACCUUAGUUAUAGUAGCUACUAGCUAUCAACUUGAUAUAUAUACAGUAGUCUAAAGGUUGCUUAUUCAGUUGGGAUCAUCGAAAUGGAGAAGGUGAUGAGAUUGGCUGCAGAGAAAGGGGUGGUGAUAUUCAGUAAGAGCUCCUGUUGCAUGUGCUAUGCCGUGAAGAUUCUGUUUCAUGAACUUGGAGUGAACCCAAUCGUUCACGAGAUUGAUCAAGACCCAGAAGGGAAGGAAAUGGAGAGGGCGCUGUGCAGGCUGGGGUGUAAUGCACCUGUACCAGCUGUGUUCAUAGGUGGUAAGCUGGUGGGAUCUACUAAUGAAGUCAUGUCCCUUCACCUGGGUGGCUCUCUGAUUCCACUGCUCAGGCCAUAUCAAACUCUAGUUUGAUUAAUUAUGCAUCCCUCUCUAAUACCAUGUAAUUAGAUGAAUAAAUUAAGUUUGCUCAA